UCGUUCGCGUCUAAGCUUUUGUUUGAAAGACACUCAUUUUAUCAACUCGAAGAAGAAAGCUUAGUUAACUAGGCUAGCUUUUGUGUUGCUCAAAAGAAACAAAAUCAACUGCGUCAAUGCAACUUAUCGACCCUUAUAAACGAUAUUAUGUAUUCCAAGAACCUCUUGUGAAAUAAGCUGGUGUCGAUAUAGACCAAAUUUAUGUAAUUAAAUUGAGAAAAUCCACACCCUGAACAAAAAAAAUUUCAACUGUCGUUUGUAAAUCACACCCGAAUUCUUUCACAACGUUUUUUGUAAAAUGAUUUGAUCUGGUCAUGAAAAUUUUAAUUAUGCACUUAAUGAUCUUUAAAAAUCUAUGCGAACAGGAAUAAUUAGCUGGGUUUUAUACUUGUCAUUAGUUUAUUUUUAUUAUGGCUGCUUGCAGCGGGUUUGUGCAUUAUUGUGAUAAACGUAGCAAAGAUAAGAGGUGCAGCACAUAUGCAGUAACAUGCAGCAACAACCAGAGCGUAUAAGAAAAAGUGUGUCAGGUGCCAGGAAGCAAUCGUCAAAUAAAUGUGCUGGAUGUGAAAAACGAAUCAGAAGCCGGUUUUUUGUACAAGCGCUUGGCAAAAUCUGGCAUGAACGAUGUCUAAAGUGUGAUGUCUGUAACGAAAUAUUGUACAGUUUUGGUGAAAAUAAACUGUACUAUAAACAGGAGAUAAAACUUUGCAAACUGGAUUAUAUGAGGCUCUUUGUGCCUGGUGGGGAAUGUUCUAUUUGUCAAGAUCCAAUCCCAUCGACUGAGAAGGUAAUCAAGUACAAGAACAAUAUAAACUAUCACGUGUCUUGUUUCAAUUGUGUGAUCUGCAAAUACAAAUUUGCUGCAGGAGAUAUUGCUCACAUACCCAAGCCGAACAUUAUACUCUGCACUGAACACCAGGUUGAAGACGUACAAAAAUUAGAAAGUGUUUUAAAAGAAAAACAAAUAAAUAAAAUAAAGGCAAUAACAACCACACUUACAGAGGCAAGCGUCUUGACAACACAAAAUACGACAACAGCGGCGAUGGCGGCAAUAACUGACGAACUUUAUUGACCUCGAUGAUAGAUGGUUUAAAUUUCUCCUGAUAUUACGUAAAGAAGAUGACUUAAACUGAUUUUAAACAUCGCUUAAAAUAAUCUAUUUUAAAAGGUGCAUUGCAACAAGUUGUGAGGAAAGCUAUAUGUUUUGGCUUUGUAAUUACAUUGCUUGUAAUGUACUCUUCACCGUGAUACCACCACAUGGAAAAGUAUGCUAAAAAUGUCCACUCGAAAAACCAUGUCGUUUCUUUAUUUUAAAAAACUUUGA